CUUUCAAGCCUUUUGCCAAAUGAUAUCAGGCGAGAUAAAGUUCGCUUUCAACUAAGAUCAGAACGAAAUCUUUCAGCUUUCGCUUUGUACCCUCUUUCAAAGAGGCCUUUGACCCGAGUUGAUGAGAUCAGUGGUCUAGUCUUCCUCACUCAAGAACUCGAUUAUGAGAGAGUCUUGUCUGGACCUUCAAACUUCAUCUUUUCAGCCAUCUAUUUCGCCAGCAUCCCUGCCACCAAGGCCAGUCUUGAAACUGGUUUCUCCUGGAAUAUUGGAGAGUUUCAACUCGAUUUCCAUUUGCACGAUGUCAAUGAUAACUCUCCUGUCUGCCACGGUCUAAGAAUCUUUUCGGAGAAGAAAGAAAGUUCGGAACCCGGAACUACAAAGCAUGAAGUAGAGUCGUUUGAAGUUUAUCUAAAGAAUAGUACUCAAUGGUAG